AUGGUUGUUUCUGAGACUUAUCUCUUUAACAUAAACAUUUUCCUUUGCUUAAUCCUUCCUUUUGUAGCUCCAUUGUCCUUCAACUUCAACAGCUUCACUACCAAUGAUUUAAACAUACACUAUGAAAAAGCUUAUGCAGCAAACAAUGUAAUCCAACUAACCAAAAACCAGCUUGGUGAAGAUACGCUUGCAAGCAUUGGCCGAGCCACGUAUGCCAAGCCGUUGCACCUUUGGGACAAGGCCUCGAGAAACCUCACAGACUUCACUACCAAUUUCACUUUCGUCAUCAAUUCGCUGAACGUAGCAGGUCGUAGUGAUGGGCUCGCCUUCUUCCUUGCGCCUGCCGGAACAAAAAUCCCUGAUAAUGCAACUGAUGGCGGCGGCCUUGGCCUUACAAAUGACUUCCAGAUACUAAACUCAUCCGAUAAUCCAUUUGUCGCUGUGGAGUUUGAUAUUUAUCAAAACCAAUGGGACCCGGCACAUGAGCAUGUAGGUAUUGACAUCAACUCUAUGAAAUCUGUUACAAACAUGUCAUGGUGGGGGAUUAGUACAAAUAUUAAUGAAGGGAAUAUAAAUGGUGCUUCGAUUAGUUAUAGUUCUGCUUCAAAAAAUCUGACAGUUGUCUUCACUGGUUUUAGAAAUAGAAGUAAUGACCACCCUUUCGAAGAAAUGCUUCAGUACACAGUUGAUCUAAGGGAUUACUUGCCAGAAUGGGUUAUAUUUGGCUUUUCUGCUGCAACAGGAAACAAAUCAGCUAUACAUACUAUAAACUCUUGGAACUUCAGUUCAACAGAUUUCAAUCCUUACCGCAAAUCAAGUAAAAGCCAGACAGGAUUUGUGGUUGGAUUGGCUAUUGGCGGAGGUGUUUUAAUUGGUAUAUUGAGUGUGGUUUUGUUCAUCUUCUGGAAGAAGAAGCGCGGGGUUCAAAAUGAAGAUGAUCAUGUCUUAGAUGUGUCCAUGGUUGACAAAUUUGAAAGAGGUGCAGGACCUAGGAAGUUUUCUUACAAGGACUUGGCUCGUGCCACCAAUGACUUCGCGCAGGAAGAGAAACUCGGAGAGGGAGGGUUUGGUGGGGUUUACAGAGGUUUCUUGAGGGACUUAAACUCAUAUGUUGCUGUGAAAAGGGUGUCAAGGGGUUCAAAACAGGGUCUGAAGGAGUACACAUCAGAAGUGAUGAUCAUUAGUCGAUUGAGGCAUAGGAACUUGGUUCAACUCAUUGGUUGGUGCCAUGAAAGAGGAGAUCUGCUACUUGUUUAUGAGUUGAUGCCUAAUGGAAGUUUGGAUUCCCAUCUCUACAAAGAAGAAACCAUGCUGGCAUGGGCAGUGAGGUACAAAAUUGCCCAAGGCGUAGCCUCUGCAUUGCUUUAUCUUCACGAAGAAUGGGAACAAUGCGUUCUGCAUAGAGACAUAAAGCCGAGCAACAUUAUGUUGGAUUCGAAUUUCAAUGCCAAACUUGGGGAUUUCGGGUUAGCUAGGCUUGUCGACCAUGAGAAAGGAUCACAAACAACAGUUUUGGCAGGGACCAUAGGCUACAUGGAUCCUGAAUGUAUCAGCUCUUGCAAGGCCAGCAAAGAAACAGAUGUCUAUAGCUUCGGAGUUGUAGCAUUGGAAAUAGCAUGUGGAAGAAAACCCAUCAACAUUAAGGCUAAAGAAGGUCGGAUUAGCAUCAUAGAGUUGGUUUGGGAGCUCUAUGGAAUGGGAAAGCUUCUUGAAGCAGCUGACCCCAAACUAUUUGCUGAUUUUGAUGAGCAAGAAAUGGAACGCUUGAUGAUGGUUGGGCUUUGGUGUGCUCACCCAGAUAACAAAUCGAGGCCUUCAAUCAGGCAAGCAAUUCAGGUACUGAAUUUUGAAGCUCCAUUGCCAAGUCUUCCAUCAAAAAAACCUGUGCCAACUUAUGGAAUGUUUCCUACAUCUUCAGCUUCACUCUCUUCAGUUGCCACUGUUUCUGAGAGCAGCCAAAUGAGUUCUAUCAUGACGCCGAGCCCUGAUACAUCUUCUGCAGUAGCUUCAUCAUCUGCAUCACUUUUGAACACAAGAUAA